ACCCAAAACUCAACCCAGAAGGUCAUCGUAUCGACGCAUGCCACACAGUUUAGACUGUAUUCCUGUCCUGAACUUGCUACAAAAGAAAAUACUUUAGUUACGUUUUUAUUAUUACUAUUAAUUUCACAAAACUCUAGAAUGGGACAAUUAGUUAAACUAGUUUGUUGUGUGCAGUUUGUUUCGCUGUGUUUUCUGGCGCGCUCUGUUGGGUUGGAAGUAGACACUGAAGAUGACGAGAUGGUUCUUUCUUUGAUUCUUGAAGACGCUGCUCAGCCUGAUCCUAAACAACAAGAACGAGCUACUUUCUACAGAACUAACAAGGACGCCUGGCGCUUGCCCGGAAACUACCUGGUGGUGCUGAAAGAGAACACGCACAAGUCCCAGGUGACCCGGACUAUCCGGAGGCUCCAAGCCAAGGCGGCCAGGCACGCCUACCUGACCCACAUCGUGCAAGUGUUCUACCACGUCUUCCAAGGCUUUGUUGUUAAGAUGAGCAGUGACGUACUGCACCUGGCUUUGAAGUUGCCUCAUGUUGAUUACAUCGAAGAGGAUUCUGUUGUGUUUGCCCAGAGUAUACCCUGGAACCUGGACAGGAUAGUCCAAAUGCAUGAAGCUGCUGGGAAGUACACCCCUCCAAAUGACGGUGAUCAGGUGGAGGUGUAUCUGCUGGACACCAGCAUCCAGAGCAACCACCGUGAGAUUGAGGGACGGAUACUGGUGACCGACUUUGACAGCGUCCCUGAGGAGGAUGGAGCUCGCUUCCACAGACAGGCCAGUAAAUGCGACAGCCACGGCACCCACAUGGCAGGGGUGGUGAGCGGGCGUGACUCCGGUGUGGCGAAGGGCUCCAGUGUGCGCAGCGUCAGGGUGCUGAACUGCCAGGGCAAGGGCACCGUGAGCGGAGCGCUGGCAGCCCUGGAGUUUAUCCGAGGCACCCUGAUCGCUCAGCCCUACAGCCCCAUGAUCGUGCUGCUGCCCUUCACAGGGGGGUACAGCCGCACCCUCAACUCUGUCUGCAGACUGCUGGUCCGGACUGGGGUGGUGCUUAUCGCAGCCGCGGGGAACUACCAGGACGAUGCCUGUCUGUACUCUCCAGCCUCCGAACCAGAGGUCAUCACGGUCGGGGCGACGAACUACCAGGACCAGCCGAUGAGCGUAGGAACCUCAGGGACCAACUUUGGCCGCUGUGUGGAUAUCUUCGCCCCCGGAGAUGACAUUGUUAGCGCAUCCAGCGACUGCACCACCUGCUUCACCUCCAAGAGCGGGACGUCACAAGCUGCCGCCCACGUGGCAGGGAUAGUGGCUGUGAUCCUCAACAGCAAUCCGAACCUCACAGCCUCUGAGGUGCUGCAGAAGCUGCUCCACCACUCCGCCAAGCAUGUGAUCAAUGAGGCGUGGUUCCCAGAGGAGCAGAGGCUUCCCACACCCAACAUGGUGGCUCGACUGCCCACGAAGAUCACAUCAGAGGAGCAGCUGCUGUGCCGGUCGGUGUGGUCUGAGAGGUCUGGAUUCUCUCGCACCGCCACUGCAGCAGCGCACUGCCGAGAGGGGGAGGAGAUGUUCAGCUGCUCCAGCUACUCCAGGAACGGCAAGAGAAAAGGGGAACACAUCCAGGAGCUUGCAGGCAAAAAGGAAUGUGUUGCCAGCAAUGCGUUUGGAGGGCAAGGUGUCUACGCUAUUGCAAGGUGCUGCACGUGGCAGAAAGCAGAGUGCCAGGUCCACGUGAGCGGAGACGGGAAGGAUGACACAGCGGCAGCAGACAGCUGCGCCAAAGAGGACCACGUGCUAACAGGCUGCAGCUCGCACUCCUCCUCCGGCAAGUUCAGUGACAGUGUGAAGCCUCAGCCCGGGCAGGCUGACAGAAGGUGGGCGUGUUCUCAACGAGAGGGCAUGGCCUCACACACCUCAUGCUGUCACGCCCCCAGCAUCGAGUGCAAAGUGAAGGAGAAAGGGCCCACUGGCUUCGCAGAGAAGGUCACAGAGUCUUGCGAGGAAGGCUGGACGCUGACAGGGUGCAACGCGUUCUCUCGGGGCUCUGUCACGCACGGCGCCUACGCGCUUCAGAACUCCUGCGUGGUGACGAGCUCCGGGGGGGGGAAGGGAGCUGCGGCCAUCGCAAUCUGCUGCCGGAACAGCCAGUCCGAACACAGCAGCUCGGGAACCAACCACAAGUGAGGAUCUGCAUCUACAAGGACAUUCGUUACACAAAUUACCAGCCCGGGACUGCAGAUCCACAGGAGAGGGCUUAUAACAUGGUAAACAUACUGCAGGCUUGUCAUGCUACACUCAGGCAAAAUGCAUCAUUAUACAAUUGUAAUGGGUUACAAGACAGCACAGGCACUAAUCUAAAGUGGCACUGGGUACCAAAACAUACCCGGCAAUGGGAUUGUUUGUGAUGUUCAUUUUUAUUCCCCCGCCCAUUAAUACUUUUUUUUUUUAAACAUUCAAAACUCAAAGUAAUCUGUCUGUAUAUAUCUAAUGCAGUCUUUGUACUGUAUUUACUUUAAGAGGGAUUUUGAUUUUAUUUUUUAAAUGGGAUCCUUGGUUACCUAUUGGGUGCACAGAACAACACUCCUGUACUGUACCCUCACUGGUUAAAGCUUAAAAGUUUACCAUGAGGGGGUUUAGGUCAUCUUGCACUGAAAUAAGUAGCAUAUAAGAAAAAAAAAAAAACUAUAAAUUUGCAUUACUGUGCCUUUGUUUUAAUGCUUGCUUCAGUAUUUAUGAAAAUGUCUUGUUCAUGUUAUAAUCAAUAGCAAGCUUGUGCUGUUGUGUAAAACUAACCUAUUUCAUAUUGAAUUCAUGAAAGUAAGCAUAACUUUUAGGUUACAUUCAAUGCUCACUCACAUUUUCUACUCUAUUGCAUUGCUGCCUCUGUAUCAUCCGCUUUCAUGUGUUAGGUAUUUACAUUUCAUAAGACUUUCCUAAUACAUAAAAACCAAGCCUGUUUUUCGUGUAGUAUAUUACUGUUGGGUAUAUGAAUUUAACAUUUUUUUGGUAUAUAAUUUUUUUUUUUUUUUUUUUUUUUUUACUUUAGCUUGAAGGUUUCUUUUUUGUUUUACAUCUUUCUAUAGAGAUUUGUUACACCAUUUGUGAUUAUUAAUUCCUAAACUCAGAAAAGUGGAGAGGGGUGGAAAUAAGGACAACUUUUAUAUUUAAAACAGUCAUUGUUGCAGCCUUGUCUACAGAAACACCCUCUUUUCUACCCUAUAGAAGCCUGUCAGAUCUUGCACAUUGUGACAAACCAGGAGAUUCUGCCUUUACUGUAUAUAUUGUAUCACUUACUUGCCUGCAAAUACAGGCAUCCAGUUCACUGGCAUCGCACUUACUGAUACACUAGUGCUUUAUGAAUACAAUGUCUCUGUUUACUAGUAUGUUUAUUCAAAAUAUUGCUGUAUGAAUAAAACUAAUUUUUCUACUUCUA